CCUUCCUCAGCAGCCAAGAGACUCAGCCUACAUAUCUGAGUCACUGCUUCACAUCCUGCCUUGCUUCAGCACUUCCUUAUCUAAAGCAGAAGCUCCUCGGAGCAGCAGAUUGAAAUUCCAGCCACUUCAAAGAGGACAGCAAGAAAUCCCAUAGACCAAAGGAGCACCACGUGAAGUCAGCAACGUGGAAGGAUUCCUAAGGGCCAGCAAACCUAAAAAAUGAAAUGGGUGACUGUCUGGAUGUUUGCUUGCUUGCUGAUUACAUCUCUAACCAGAGGUCAACCAGAUGUGACAUGCCAUGCAUUUGUGGGAGAAACUGUUGUGUUGCCUUGCAGCAUCACCCCUCCAGAAGAGCUGAACAUUUCCUACUCGAAGCUCUACUGGCAGAAAGAGGAUGACUUAGUGCAUUUCUUUCAUGAAGGGUGCAAUGAUCUGAAGUUUCAGGAUAAGCAAUACGAAGGCAGAACCAGUCUUUUUUCAAGUGAGGUGAAGCACGGCAACUUUUCCUUAAAGCUCUCCAACGUCCAGCCACAGGAUGAAGCUGUGUAUAGUUGCAUCUACAGCCAGUCUGGGCAUCAAACACAGAAAUUUAAAAUUAAGCUCGAAGUAUCAGGUAAGAAUUUUUUCUUAAUUCGGAGGUAAGGAGCUGAGGGCAGCAUUUCUUGCUGACAAGCCACAUACAGCAAUUGAUUUGGCUCAACUUUUAAAGCAAAUCUUCACUCAGCUUCUCUCUAUUCCUUCCUUUUCUUGGAAAAAAAUGUAAAGGGAAUUGAAUAAAGCAUCUUUGAUAUGCAUCAGCACAAAAUGUCUGCAGAAGUAGCAGGAUUCCCAAGGACUCCACGCUGCCUGGCUCCUCCUCCUCCCUAGAUACUUUAAUGAGCUCUCCCAGACUUGUAAGCAUUUGGUUACUGAAGGCUCUGUACUGCCCAGGAUUCAUUUUGUCCCCAGAGAAAUGCAAAGUUUAUUUCAUUAUUUGUUCUUGCAUCUGUGAAGCAGAUUGCUGGCAAUCCAAAGUCCACGUUCCAAACAAGACGGUUGCUAAUUACCUUUUCCCUGGUCUGGAAGGCCUGGAUCUGAUUGCAAGGCUGGACUCCUACCAUGAGGAUAUUAUUUUUCUUCCUAGGAAAGCAACCAAGACCACAACACGUGCUUAAACAAUGCCAAGCAACUCAAGCAAUUUGCUUGCAUUGCCUACACGUGUAGCCAGUGAAUGGUGGGCUAUUUGGUUUGACCAGCUGACUGACUAAAAAAAGCAAAUUAAGAAAGGGGAUAAAAAUCAAAAUAAAUCCUUGUCUGUUAAGGUUGCUUGAAGAGAUCAGCUGGAAACCUUCGUUGCGGUCAACCACGCAUUUCAUUCAGCUUGAAACAAAGACUUGGUUUCAAGCAAUAUGAACUCUUUAAUAUCCUUGUUUUAAAGCAUGUAAUUCUCAAGAGACAAAUGUUUUAGAAAUGUAAACUGAAAUACUAGCAAAAUUAAUGUGCUACAUCUUUCAAAAUUAAUUUUUUAUUUUUAUUUUAUUUUAUUUUAUUUAUUUAUUUGAAAAUGCA